AUGGACGAUGCCGCGAAGGCUGCGAAGAGGAAGGAAAUCGAGGAGAAACUAGCGGAGGCGCGGAAGAAGGAGGAGCAAAAAGCGACGUUCUUUGGGGAACACAGGGGCAUCACGUGUGAUGGAUGCGGCGUCGUGCCGAUCGUCGGCUUUCGGUACCGCUGCCAGAAGUGCCCAAACCACGACACAUGCGAGGUGUGCUACGAACGAUGGGACGGCGGCAAGGGAAGCGUCGCGAACGGGCACGCGCAGCAGGAGCUAUCGCUCGACCCGGCCGCGCACGAUUUCGUGGUUCACAAAGCCGGCGGGUUUAAGCCCAUGGUGAAGACGCAAGGAGCGACGCAAAAGUCCGAGAAGAAGCUGAAGCCGAACGAUCCGUGUCACUGUGGCAGCGGGAAAAAACUGAAGAAGUGUUGCGGCGGAGCCGCGUGA